CUCCGCAACCGCUGUCGCUGGAGAGCACCGGGAGGCGCGGGUUGCGAGCGCGCCUGCUUCUCCCCGCCCGGGCGCCAGCGCCCCUGGGCAGGUGCUGAGCGCCUUUCGGAGCCUCCCCUGCUGCCUCCCUCUUCCGCCUGGCCGCCUGGCUGCUGCAGUGCACAUGGGCUGCUGGAGGUAGAUGGGCUCACCGCCCGUGAGGCGGCGGUGGAUGCGGCGCUGGGCAGAAACAGCCACCGAUUCCAGCUGCCGUGGGGCCGAGCGCCCCGGGCGCCGCUGCGAGCCCCGGACUCGGCCAUGGGGAUCCCGGCAAGCAGCAUCACCGCCCUCGCCUCUUGCAGCCGCACCGCCGGCCAAGUCGGAGCCACGAUGGUCGCCGGCUCUCUUCUCCUGCUUGGAUUUCUCAGCACCGUCACAGCUCAACCAGAACAAAAGACUCGGAGUCUCACCGGCACAUACCGCCAUGUUGACCGUACCACGGGCCAGGUGCUAACCUGCGACAAGUGUCCAGCAGGAACGUAUGUCUCCGAGCACUGUACCAACACGAGCCUGCGAGUCUGCAGCAGCUGCCCUGCGGGGACUUUUACCAGGCACGAGAACGGCAUAGAGAGAUGCCAUGACUGUAGUCAGCCAUGCCCAUGGCCGAUGAUUGAGAGAUUACCUUGUGCUGCCUUGACUGACCGAGAAUGCAUCUGCCCACCUGGAAUGUAUCAGUUUAAUGGUACCUGCGCCCCCCAUACGGUGUGCCCCGUGGGCUGGGGUGUGCGGAAGAAAGGGACAGAGAAUGAAGAUGUGCGGUGUAAGCAGUGUGCUCGGGGUACCUUCUCUGAUGUGCCUUCCAGUGUGAUGAAGUGUAAAGCUCACACGGACUGUCUGGGUCAGAACCUGGUGGUGGUCAAGCCGGGGACCAAGGAGACAGACAACGUCUGUGGCAUGCACCUGUCCUUCUCCAGCACAAGCCCACCUUCCCCUGGCACAGCUAUCUUUUCUCACCCUGAGCAUAUGGAAUCCCACGAUGUCCCUUCCUCCACCUAUGAGCCCCAAGGCAUGAACUCAACAGAUUCCAACUCUACUGCCUCUGUUAGAACUAAGGUACCAAGUGGCAUCGAGGAAGGGACAGUGCCUGACAAUACGAGCUCAACCAGUGGGAAGGAGGGCACUAAUAGGACCCUGCCAAACCCACCACAAGUUACCCACCAGCAAGGCCCCCACCACAGACACAUUCUGAAGCUGCUGCCGUCGUCCAUGGAGGCCACGGGUGAGAAGUCCAGCACAGCCAUCAAGGCCCCCAAGAGGGGCCACCUCAGACAGAACGCACACAAGCAUUUCGACAUCAACGAGCACUUGCCUUGGAUGAUCGUGCUCUUCCUUCUGCUGGUCCUGGUGCUGAUAGUGGUGUGCAGCAUCCGGAAGAGCUCCAGGACUCUCAAAAAGGGGCCCCGGCAGGAUCCCAGCGCCAUAGUGGAAAAGGCGGGGCUGAAGAAGUCCCUGACUCCCACCCAGAACCGGGAGAAAUGGAUCUACUACCGCAACGGCCACGGUAUUGACAUCCUGAAGCUUGUAGCAGCCCAGGUGGGAAGCCAGUGGAAGGACAUCUAUCAGUUUCUUUGCAACGCCAGCGAGAGGGAGGUGGCGGCCUUCUCCAAUGGAUACACUGCAGACCAUGAGCGGGCCUACGCGGCUCUGCAGCACUGGACCAUCCGUGGCCCCGAGGCCAGCCUUGCCCAGCUCAUUAGCGCCUUGCGCCAGCACCGACGCAAUGAUGUUGUGGAGAAGAUUCGAGGUCUGAUGGAAGAUACUACGCAGUUGGAAACAGACAAACUGGCUCUCCCCAUGAGCCCCAGUCCGCUUAGCCCGAGCCCCAUUCCCAGUCCUAACGUGAAACUUGAGAAUUCCACUCUCCUGACUGUGGAGCCCUCACCACUGGACAAGAACAAGGGCUUCUUCGUGGAUGAGUCAGAGCCCCUUCUGCGCUGCGACUCCACAUCCAGUGGCUCUUCAGCGCUGAGCAGAAAUGGCUCCUUUAUUACCAAAGAAAAGAAGGACACAGUGUUGCGUCAGGUCCGCCUGGACCCCUGUGAUUUGCAGCCCAUCUUUGACGACAUGCUGCACAUCCUGAACCCCGAGGAGCUGCGGGUGAUUGAAGAGAUCCCCCAGGCUGAGGACAAACUGGACCGUCUCUUCGAGAUCAUUGGGGUCAAGAGCCAAGAAGCCAGCCAGACCCUCUUGGACUCUGUGUACAGCCAUCUUCCUGACCUAUUGUAGAGCACAGGGGCACUGCAUUCUGGGAAUCAACCUACUGGCGGGGUGAUUUCAUUUCGUUUCUGACUUUUGUGUUUUGGUGUGUGCGUGUAUGUAUGUGUUUAACAGAAUGUAUGGCCGGUGCUUGAGUUUGGGCUUCUCUCUCUCUCUCUCUCUCUCUCUCUCUCUCUCUCUCUCUCUCUCUCUCUCUCGUUCUUUCUUUCUUCCUGAAAGUGAAUGUAUAAAGCCUUUACAAUGUAUAACUGUUGGAAAACGCCCACCACUAAAACCUUUUUUUAAGUUCCAUAUAUUCUCCAUUUUUGCCUUCUUAUAUAUCUUCAACACUAUUCUGUGCACUUUAAAAACUUAACAUAAACGCAGUGUGACUUCUCCCAUAUGCUGCGUCCCGAGACUCUCAACUUCUUAAAAACCUAAUGGCAUCUUGUGACUCCUAGAAGUAGACAUAAGUCUUUCAACCUUCACACCUACUUUUUCUGUUUUAAUUAUUAUUGCUAUUUGUCUUAUUGUUCGUGCUUCACAAGCGUUCCUGAGGACGGAGGGAAUCUACGACCCUGUUGAUGACUGUAACUCAAUUCGACUUUGAGUUGUCUUCUACAUGUCUUGUUAUAUAGUUCAUAUUCACGGCUGAAACUUGACCACACUCCCUAGCGCUGACUGUAUGGUUUUCGUCUGGACACCGUACACUGCCUGAUAACUUGUGCACCUCUUAACGCUACUAUGCUCUGGGCUGGAGAAUGAAAUCUUUAAGUCGCCAGGACUUGCUAUUUCAGUGGCUUGACACCUGGGCCACCAAAGAACUCAAUCUUCAUCUUUUAGGGACACCUCUGCUGCACCUUGGAAAGCCAACCUUAAGUGCCAGUGGCACUUUAUGCCCAGCUUUGCUUUGAAAAAUAUCUUUCUUGGUUUUUUUUUUUUUCAAUCCCCCCCCCCUUUUUUAUAAAAAUACACAUAGUCAAUAGGUCCAGUCUGCCCUCGAGGCCUUGCUGGGUUUUCAUCGUCAUCCAAUCACUUUCAUUAAAAAUGGCUGCAGCUGUAAGAACUCUCGUCUGAUAAAUUUGCAACUAUGCGCCCAUUUAUCAACCUGCCCGCUGAGGCGCGGUCGUCAGACUCAUGCAGAGGUGGACGUCGGCUGCCUUUGCGUUGGGCGGGCUUAGUGGUGAGGAACUGAUAUCAGAAA